CCGCUCCAUGUACUGUGCGCCAUUUUGGAAAGCGAAAAAAAAAAUCACGGAUAAUUUCUGUGCUCUUGACAGAUCCGAAGCCCGACUGUUCACAUUGAUUGUGGAUCCUUAACCGCUUCUCCGAGUGAGCCGAGCGCGUCGUCUUGGAGGCAUCGGAAGCGGUGUAGAGCAAAAGCUGCUAAAUGAAGCAAUGGCGGGGGUUGCAGGAGGAAAUGAUUUUCAGUGGUGUUUCUCUCAAGUGAAAGGAGCGAUAGAUGAGGAUGUUGCGGAAGCUGACAUAAUCUCCACAGUUGAAUUCAACUAUUCUGGAGAGCUGCUUGCUACAGGAGACAAAGGGGGCAGAGUAGUGAUAUUUCAGCAUGAACAGGAGUCUAAAAAUCGUCCACACCUGCGUGGGGAGUACAACGUUUAUAGCACUUUUCAGAGUCACGAGCCUGAAUUUGACUAUUUGAAAAGUUUAGAAAUUGAGGAAAAAAUCAAUAAAAUUAGAUGGCUACCCCAACAAAAUGCUGCUCACUUUCUACUUUCGACAAACGAUAAAACUAUCAAAUUGUGGAAAAUAAGUGAACGAGAUAAACGAGCGGAAGGUUACAACCUGAAAUAUGAAGACGGACGCCUUUUAGACCCUUUUAGAAUCACCUCUUUACGGGUACCAGUACUGAUGCCAAUGGAUCUCAUGGUAGAAGCCAGCCCGCGGAGGAUCUUUGCAAAUGCGCACACCUAUCACAUUAAUUCCAUUUCUGUAAAUAGUGACCACGAAACGUACCUCUCUGCAGAUGACCUAAGAAUAAAUCUAUGGCACUUGGAAAUCACAGACAGAAGUUUUAAUAUUGUAGACAUCAAGCCCGCCAACAUGGAGGAACUGACCGAAGUGAUCACGGCUGCGGAGUGCCAUCCUCACCAAUGCAAUGUAUUUGUGUACAGCAGUAGCAAAGGCACCAUUCGCCUGUGUGACAUGCGGGCGGCGGCGCUCUGCGACAGGCACUCAAAGUUCUUCGAGGAGCCCGAAGACCCGAGCAGCCGCUCCUUCUUCUCCGAGAUCAUCUCGUCCAUCUCAGACGUGAAGUUCAGUCACAGCGGGCGCUACAUGAUGACACGUGACUACCUCUCUGUCAAAGUAUGGGACCUCAAUAUGGAGAACAGACCGGUGGAGACGUAUCAGGUCCACGAAUACCUUCGCAGCAAGCUGUGCUCUCUGUAUGAAAACGACUGCAUCUUUGACAAGUUCGAGUGCUGCUGGAACGGCAGCGACAGCGCCAUCAUGACGGGCUCCUACAACAACUUCUUCCGAAUGUUCGACCGCAACACCCGGCGGGACAUCACGCUGGAGGCGUCCCGGGAGAGCAGCAAGCCGCGGGCCACCCUCAAGCCGCGCAAAGUGUCGACGGGCGGCAAACGGAAGAAGGACGAGAUCAGCGUGGACAGCCUGGACUUCAACAAGAAGAUCCUGCACACGGCCUGGCACCCCAAAGAUAACGUGAUCGCCGUGGCCGCCACCAACAACUUGUACAUCUUCCAGGACAAGAUCAACUAGAAGACGAGGGCUUUCAGCGUACCCGUGUAGUUCAGCCUACUACUCGUCUUAUCCGUGUAAGAAGAAGCAGCCUCGUCGUCCUCCUGGUGAAGAUUUCUGAAAGCACGCGUCAACUUUUUUUUUGGUUCUUUUUUUUUUUUUGCCGCCGGAGGCCGACCCAUAGGUCUGUUUUUAUUUUCAGUCUCAGCUUAGGUUGUUUUUGCCGUUUGGCAUCAGGGCAAUCAUCGGCCCCUUACCCCCCUCCACCCGCCCCCCCUCGCCCCCUGACCCAGAAAGCCCUAUCUGGGUCUAAUUGACGGAACGGUGCUCCCCGGAGGUGAAAACUCUUGUGUUUGUGUUGACAUUUUUAGCCUUCAUUUCGCCAUCCAAAAAAGGCAAGAAGUAGUCUUGGACGUCCUGUCGCAAGUUGUAACACCAUUUGAAAAGUUUCCGGGCUCCCUCUGAAGAGCUGAUUAACGGCCAAAAAAGCCAAAACUGUAACAUUCCUCCCCCCCUCUCCCCGUGGCCGCCGCCGCCACCGCCGCCGCCCCUCGUUGGCCGUGUAUCCAGGCCAAAACCGCUGGUGGUGCAGGAAGAGGAGGAGGCAGCGAUUCUGGAGAGCGGACUCGUUUUCUUUUCUUCCCUCCUCGUACUUACUUUACCAAACCACCCCCUUACCCCCCCACCUCCCCUUCCAUCAAUACAGUGACCUAAUUUCACUGACUGUAUCUACUCAAGUACACCUUGUCAUCCACAUAAUAAAAGAAACUAAAACGACAGAUGUGUUUUUAACUUUAGAAGUAUGUAUUGAAACAUGCUUUACUGCUUUGCAUGUUUUGAUGUUGUAGAGAGGUGGAACAUGUCCAGUCACACCACUGUCUUUUUUUUUAUUAUUUUUUUUUUGAUCAAAUCUCAAGCAAACAUGUUUAUUCAACUACUAUACGGGGCUACCAGUUCCAUAAGCACUGUUGGACACGACUAAUAACGUGUGUGUGUGUAUGAGCGAGAAAGUGUAUGCGUGUGCAUCAGGACCAUUGGAUCCUUUUUUUUUUUUUUUUUAAUUUGAAGAACACGGACUGGUAAAGCACACAAACGCAAGACGGACAAAGGGAAUCUGCAGCCUUAAUUCCUUCUUCUAUGAGUGACAGCUACAAGUUAGGUUCCCCCCCCUAACCUCAUGUGCAUUAUUUGUAAAUCCUAUUCUGGUGAUGUCCUCAUGUACCGCUGCUACAUGUAGCCGUCUAUCAAUACACAUGGCGGAAUAUUACACACACACACACACACACACUGGAGAUGAUCAUCUAAUGGACCGAUAGGACACACGGAGACAGGCCUCGUCCGUGUGUCCUUACGCGCCACAUUGGGGAAGCACGCGUGAAAGAAAGCAGACAUGAAGGUUAACUACCACACAUUCUAACACGUCAUGCAUUGUCUUAUGUCCAUUGAUUCCUAACAUGGUGGCAAUGUAUUCACUUUAUUAUUUUUGACCAAAGUUCAAUA